AUCCCACAAGAAACCGCUUCUGGGCCCAUACACCAGGGCACCGGCCACAGUCCUGUGGCGCCAAGGACUGGACCCCAGUGGGUCCCUGCACCCUAGCCGGAUGGCCCUGUUCUGGGGAGGAGGUGCUCGCCUGACUCCAUCGGUUGACACUAAGGAGGGAGGCUGGAGGCACUGCUGGGCUGAGGUCACCCCAGGGCUGGCAGAUGGGGGCCAGGAGGGACAGAGCAAGUGGGGCGUGAAGGCUUUGGUGGUGGGAGGGGCCCAUGGUGAUGGGGCAGGGCUUGUGUAGAAUGGGGGCUUUGGUUCCCCACAGGCCAGGACAGCCGAGAGGGGCUGGAGAGUCCCCAGGGGAGCAGAUGUCAGGCCUGGGGAGCACGUGGGUCACACAGCAGCGCUGGGGCAGGUGUCUCUGCUGCCAUCUCCACGUGACAGGCAGAGCAAGGCCAGUGGGGCCAUUACUGCCAGGGCCAACCCUGGCAGUGGCUGGGAGAUGCCUGGAUGGAGGGAGAGGCUGACCAAGGUCCCCAUGGGGUGGGCUGCAGCUUUUCCAUUGAUCCUAGAACGUAGCUGUUGUGUUGAGAGGGAAAGAAAAUUGAGAAGAAAAAAUCAGGGGCCGCAGGUCCUGCAGUGAGACAGAUGCAGGAGGCAGGAACCUGGCCCAGGGGGUGCUGGCACCUUGCUGGGGCUGGGAGGAGGCUGGGGGAGGCAGGCGGCCUGGGGACCAGGGGCUACAGGGAGUCCCCAGGUGGUUUUGAGGCUUGCUUUUGCAUGGUGCCUGAGAAGAGGCAGGUACCAUCCUGGGCACUGGAGAUGAGGGAACACCUGUGUGGAGAGGGCAUGGUGGGCAUCCCGGAGACAGCAGCUCAUGAGGACACAGGGCGGCAGCGCCACGAGGACGGGGAGGGCCCCGGGAAAGGAUGGCCUUGGAUCAGGGGCUCACCAGAAGCCUAGCAUUUCAGCCAGGGGUGGAGGAGGCAGGGAUGCCUGGUUGCCAGGCAGAGGGCGCAGCCAUGUAAAUGCCCCAGGGCAGGACGGCGCCCGGUGUGUGUGAGGGGCAAAGUGAGGAGGGCAGGGCAGGCAGUGUCUGGUGGGCCUCAGGGAAGACUUGGGUGUUCACCCCAAGUGAGUUGGGGACUCUGGGUGUGUGCCCUGGGAAAGGCAGGGUCGGCUCUGUGGGGACCUGACACAGGGGCAGAGGAAGCCGAUACCAGGGUGCAGGCUCUGUCCCCACCCAGGCCGGAUUCGACCCAAGACGGGGCCCUCUGGCUGAGGAGGGGCAGGGCAGGAGGGUUCUGGAUGUUUCCUGGUUUUUGUUGUAUGAUUUUUUUUAUUGUGGUAAAAUAUAUACAAAAUCCACCAUCUUACAGUAAGCAGUUCUGUGGCUGUGCAGCCAUCGCCUCUGAUUCCAGAACAUUCUCGUCACCCAAAAGGCAACCCCGUCCCUAUCACAUCACCUAGGCACCCCUGGGUCCCCCUCCCCAGUCCGGGCACCCACGAAUCCUCUCCGUGCUGCUGUGGUUCAGCCUGUCCUAGACAUUUCAUAUAAAUGGGAUCACGGUGUGCCCUUCUGAGGGCUCGCUGAGCAUGACGUCCUCAAGGUGCAUCCGUGCUGUGGCCCGGGUCAGGGCCUCACUCCUCCUUGUGGCUGAGACUCGUUCUGGUGCGUGGGUGGCCGCGCGUUGCUGAUCCCCUCACCCUCAGUGGGUGUUUGCGUGGUCUCUGCCUUGGGCUGUCGUGAAUCGUGCUGCGUGAGGCACCGCGUACCGGUCUCAUCCUGAGUGUAUUUUCCAAAGGAACUGCAUGCGAGUGGCUGAGGCAUCAGGUACCUGCGCAGGCGUCGCCUCCUGGAUGGGAGGUGCACGAGGAGACAGAAGCCCCUCAAGGGGGUGUGGUGAUGGGGAGGCUAGGCCCCCGGCGGGUGGGGGGUCGCACGGAGCUGGAGGCGCAGAGCUGGGGGCUGAUGGCCACAGACCCCACCUGGCAGUGGUCCUGGCCUGGCCUGCCCACACUGCGUCACACUCUGUCAGAUAUUGCGAACAACUUUCCAGCCUCCCCUUCCUUGGGGCCGCCUCACCCUGCAGUUGGGAGGAAGGAGUGGUCAGCGCGGUUGCCGGAACACUGGGCGGCCUUUAUGCUGUCAGCGGUGGCCUCAGAGGCCUUCCUGGCAGGAGCCCUGGGGACUCAGGAAGACAGGCAGACAUGCAGACCCUGAGGCGAGAGGCUGCCGGGCCCUAUGUCCCCACAGGGACCCUCGAGACCAGCUUCCCAGCACCUCUCUACAGCGAUGACUACCUGUCCCUGGAGGGGCCACGCUGGGCACCGGCCAUCAAGCAGGCCACACGCUGGAAGUACACGCCCAUGGGACACGAUGCAGCCGGCCAGCUGUGGUACACGGGCUUGACCAACUCGGACUCCCGGAAAGCCUGGUACAACCUGCCCUCAGCCCUGGACCGCCCCUUCCGUGAGGCCUACAACCGCUGGCACGGCUGCUACCGACACCGCGAAUGCAGCCUGCCCUCGGCCUACACCCAGCACCUGCGGGAGACUGCCUGGCAUGACCCCAUCGUCCCCGCCCAGUACCUGGACCCCAGCACCCGGUGGGGGAGCAUGCUGUGGAAAGACAGGCCAAUCCGGGGCAAGGACUACGUGGUCAACAGGAACCGGUAUGGGGUGGAGCCUCUGUGGAGGGCAUCGGACUACGUGCCCUUCCUGUCCCUGCCCCAGCGGCCACCGCACACCACCCAGAACUACUUGCAGUGGGGCCUGGAGCCAUACUGCCCCUCCACCGGCCAGCGGCUCCCACCCGGCCCCACACCUGCUCCCCGAUAAACACAUGCUUCCACGACACACC